CAUUUACGGAUUGCCUGCGGAAAAAUCAGUGUGUCCAGCACAAGCCCUCAAGUUCUCAGCGUAAAACACUUUCUGACGUCCCGAUAAGAAAGGGCAUCUCCCUCCCAUUACUUACCACCCACUCAAUUUCAACAACGGUCUGCGAUCAUGGCGGACAGGACUGCAGAGGAAGGUCGCCGCCUUUUGGGUUCUUCUGGCCGUGGAGAUCGCACCGAUCACACCGGCCAGGCCAGAAGUUGCAUGGAAUUUGCCUCAAAGCUUGCCCAAACUCGGAUUGCUGAACCCAUGGAGCGCAAUCGUAUCAUCAACAGUUAUGAGAUCGCCGACGAAGACAGUAUCAAGCACUUGCGGAAACUCAGUCGUCGUGCAUGUGUCUAUGGAUGUCUGGCUGCCUUUCGAUUGUUGCAGCAACGAGCAAACAAAAGUAUACAUAGAGGAGAAUUGUUGAGAUGCCGUGCGCUUUUUUGUCAAGUUUUGGCAAUUCGACUCGUGCGUGCCAUUAUUCGGGACAGUAAUGGCAGAGACGAGCUAUUUGUGGAGGUGCUUACACCGCUGUUUAAUUCGCUUCAAAAUCCGGUUUCGAUGGAGAGUGCAUUGCAAGUGGCUGUGGAAACUGACGCCGCCGAGUUCAUCAACGAGAUUUCUGUUCAACAAUGCGUGGAGUAUCUUUGGAGAGGAGUCAUAAUACCGCAACCUCAGGGUGUUCAAGAUGAUGACCGUGCUAAUAACGAUGGAUACGUCCAAGUAUAUACUUGGCCGUCGCAAGUCAAAAUGGGAUGGGCAGCCUUGCCCGAAGGCCGCCUUCGCGUGCCAAUGUACCAAUACGCGGCAGAAACGCUCUUCAACUUCUUUUUGUUGGCCGUAUACUCUUUUGUCGUCAAUUAUCGAACACCCGAACCCAAUGGCAUGGAGAUCUUGAUGUACCUACUGGUGGUGUCGUUUGCGAUCUCGGAAGUUAAACAGUUUUGGAAUCAAGGAUCUGCCUUUUAUUUCUUGACUCUUUUCAAUUGCAAUGACAUGAUCAGCAUUGUCCUCUUCACUCUCGCGUUCACAUUUCGCAUGAUUGGUUACUAUCAAGGUAAUAAAGAGACACUCUCGGGUCCAAACGACACAUCAUAUGAUUUGCUGGCGUGCAAUGCAGUCUUCUUGUGGACACGAGGGAUAAAUGUUUUGGCUGGAUUCCGCUAUUUUGGCGAAAUGGUAGUUAUUAUUCGCGCCAUGCUCCGAGAUGCGGCAUUAUUCUUUGUCAUGUUCUUUUUCGUCCUUGUUGGAUUCGUACAGGCGUUUGCAGGCCUUGCACGAGCUCAGCCGUCCGAAAGCCCUGGUUUCCUCAAGGGACUGUAUAUGCUCGCUAAAGCAUUCUUGCAAGCACCGGAUUUCGGUGACGCCGAACAGAUGCACGACGUUUUAGGGGCCCCUCUCCUAGUCUUCUUUCAGAUCCUAGCUACCGUGAUCAUGUUGAACAUGCUCAUUGCAUUCUUUAACCAGAGUUAUAGCAACGUCGUGGAGGCAGCGACUCAGCAACACGUAGUGCAAUUUACGCUGAAGGUGCUUGGUUUCUAUCUGCUCCCGACGCAAUAUCCCUUUGCCCCUCCCACCAAUCUUGUUGAAGUGACCCUGCUCCCUCUACCGCGUCUUAUUUUACCACGACGUGCAUACCUGAAGUACCACCAAUGGAUUUGGAUCGUCGUCGCCUUCCCAAUCAAUGCCGUCAUCGCCGCUGCAGAACACUUUUUUCCAGAUCAAACGGCAGCAAACUGGAAUUUAGAAGAAGAUCAAGAAAAGGAGGAAGAGGAGACUGAAGAGGAAGAUCAGCAGUUGUACCACCGGUCUCAAGUGGCAAAGAUGAGCAACCAGGAGGGCAGGGUGGAAAAGACAUUGAUCCCCGGCAGCGACAAUCUACCAGCGAAUGAAGGGUUGGAAGAAACUCUGAAGUAUUUGGUUACAGAAGUGAAGGCAUUAAGAGAAAAGAUUGAUGAGCUCAAAUCCACUGAUUGAGCGCGGGUACGUGCGAUGUCAGGGCAUUUAAAAGGCCGUACGUGGAGGACGAUAGCGUGUAUCAUCUUAUUAGUAAGAUAGUAAUCUGAGAAUAUAUACAGGGACCUAUAUACAGAUAUGUACACGAAUAUUAAGCGUUCAUCUCUAUCGGCAA